UCUCUACGAACGAGAGCGUUAAUAGUAAUAACAUUUUAGCCUGUUUUAUUAUUGUUGACAUAAGCAUUGUUAUUUUUGUUAAACAUUUAUGUAAAAAUAGCUUAAGGAGGUAUUUACAGACAAACAGGCUAAUAGAUUUUCAUGUUGUUAUUGGAGGUUUACUUUUACUGUAAGACAUGACUGAAGUCUUCGGUGAAGUCUUCAGCGAAGAAGUAAAUGAAGUGCCAUAUGGUGUUUUCAAAAAUCAAGAUUACUCAGAAACAAAUAAUAACAGUGAAAGUCAAAACACAUGGGGUCAUAAAGCUGAGUUUAUUUUAGCUUCAAUUGGAUUGGCAGUUGGAUUAGGAAAUGUAUGGAGAUUUCCGUAUCUCUGUCAUAAAAAUGGUGGUGGAGCUUUUCUGAUUCCAUAUUUUAUAAUGAUGGUAAUUGAAGGAAUUCCCUUAUUUUACAUUGAGUUUGCAAUUGGUCAACGUUUUAGACAAAGUGCUGUGGGUUGCUGGAAAAAGAUUCACCCUGCUCUCAUGGGAAUAGGCAUAUCUAGUAUUGUCGCUUCAUUUCUUUUAUGCAUUUAUUAUAUAGUAGUUAUUACAUGGUGCUUUUAUUACUUCUUUGUUUCAUUAACAUCAAAACUUCCAUGGCGAUUAGAAAACUGUCCUCGGUAUCUAGAAUACAAAAACAUAUCCAUUCUUUGUGCUGCAAAUAAAACAGAUUUUUGCUUACUCAAGGAUAACUUUCCUGAUUGUUGUGUGCAUGAUCCACCCUUGUAUUAUUUCUACAAUAAAGCAUUAAAUAUUUCUCCUUCAAUAAAUGAUCUUGGCAAUGGAAUUCAAUGGAAGUUGUUUGGAUGUCUGGUGCUUUCUUGGGUUAUUAUAUAUGUUAGUAUUGUUAAAGGAAUUGUUUCUAGUGGAAAGGUUGUCUACUUUACUUCAUUGUUUCCUUAUGUCAUUCUGGUGAUACUUUUUUUUGUUGGUGUAACACUUGAAGGAGCAAGCAAUGGAGUUAAAAAAUUUUUUACACCUGAUUUUUCCAAGUUAAAAGACCCAUCAAUUUGGUUGGAUGCUGCCACUCAAAUGUUUUUUACUCUUAGUUUAGGGUUUGGUGCAUUAGUCUCAUUUGCAAGUUAUAUGCCAAUAAAAAAUAACUGUGUCCGUGAUGCUUAUGUUGUUGUACUCAUCAAUUGCGGGACAUCAGUAUUUGCUGGAAUAGUUGUUUUUUCUAUUUUAGGACAUAGAGAAUUUAUAACUGGUUCAAAUGGGAUGAAUGGUGGACCAGGGUUAGCAUUUAUAACUUUUUGUGAUGCUUUUUUACAAAUGGAUGCCUCACCUUUAUGGGCUGUGUUAUUCUUCUUUAUGUUGAUUUUGUUGGGUAUAGACUCAGAGUUUGGAACACUAGAAGGAGCAAUUGCUCCCUUUUAUGACAUGAAGUGGGUAAAAAUGAGAAGAGACGUUUUUAUAGGAGUUGUUGUUUUAUGUUUGUUACUCUGUGGUAUUGGACUUAUAUCUUCAAGUGGAUUUUAUGCGUUUCAGAUAUUUGACGAUUAUGCUGUCUCUUUAGGACUUCUUUUUAUAGGAUUUUGUCAAGUUGUUUCAAUAUCUUGGGUAUAUGGAAAUGAUAAGUUUGCAACUGAUAUAGAGUUCAUGACUGGAAAACGUCCUUAUUUGUUCUGGAUGAUUUGCUGGAAGUAUAUAUCUCCCUUAGCAAUUGCGAUCAUUUUUGUUGCUAACUGUCAUCGUCUUGUCAUCCAUGGUCCACAGUACUCUGUAUAUGUUGGGUGUAUUCAACAAUUAUUAGAUGUUUCUCCGUUGGGAAAAGGUGUAGCUGGCUCGAUUAAGGAAUUUAUGUACCCUGCUUGGGCAAAGUUUAUCAUUAUUAUUUUUAUUAUCUCACCGAUAGUGCCAAUUAUAUUGUGGAUAUUUAAAGACUUUUUGUUAGGUCCAAAAAUAUGGUUAAAAAAUAUUUAUACUAAGUUAACUAAUAUACGCGAAUACCAUCCUGAUCCAGUACGAAUAACUUCCAGUUGUUGCUGAUAAUAAUGAAGUUGUUGAAAGCGCAACAAAAAUAAAAAUA